AUGAAGAGGACGGUUUCUAUUAUGAUGCAACCUCCUGGGGCGGUCACUAGAAUCGCCAGUUACGCAUCGUUAAUCGGUAUUAUCCCCCUUUUCGCAACGUUAACUAUAGAACCUGAGAUGUUGAAUAAAUUCCCCUUGUUCAAGGAUAGAAUCUCGCUUAGCGGAAUAUUGCUAGUACGAAGAAGCGUGGGAAAGGAAACCGACUUCUUUGCGCACUGGUUAGUCGCGAGCGCCUACAGCGUAUUCUCACAAAGGCUUCUAGAUAAGGACGAGUUUUUCUCAGGAUACGGAAUUCGAUCCCAUUCUAAGUAUCAAAGCGACCAUCAGUACUGUGUGACAUCCUAUGGGAAGCAGUUCAAAGUCACCUACCAGCUAGGCGAGUCGGAUGGCAACACCAAUUGGCGGGGCCCGAUUUGGAUGACAAUCAAUUUUCUACUCAUCGAGUCCUUGCAGCGUUUCUUUCUAUUUUAUGGCGAUCAGUUCCAGGUCGAAUGA